AUAAUUUCAAAAUGAGCGUAACGAAGACGUUUGAAAGGAAGGAAAUUUUGCAAGCGAUCCUUAUCGCCGACGCGCACAAUGACAAUCUUCAACCGUUCACGAACACAAAACCAUUGGCAUUGCUUCCGAUUGCGAAUGUGCCACUGAUUGACUAUGCUCUCGAAACCCUCAACCGCAAUGGAGUCGAGGAAGUGUUUGUGUACUGCAGCUACCAUACCGAUCAGGUGAAACGCCACAUACAGCUUCGCCAGGUCACCCGUUGCACGUGGUCAAUCAAUAUGAAGGUGUCGAUUGUUAGUUCGGGUUUGUGCCGCAGCAUCGGCGAGGCAUUACGUGACCUGGACGCCCGGAACACGAUCCGUGGCAAUGUAUUACUGCUCGGAGUGGACAGCGUGACGAAUGCGAACCUUGCCGCCUUACUCGAGGAGCACAAGCGGCUAACGAAGUUCGAUCGUGGUGCUGUUAUGACGGUGGUCUAUAAGGAUGGUUUGCGAAGGAUGCGUACCGGAAAUGAGGUGAUGAUAGCGAUGGAACCAACGACAAGCCGCCUCCUGUAUCACCAACGACUAGCGCAUCAGGACAAGGAACGCAAGUUCCACGUCCCACUGGACGUUUUUCUCGCCAAUCGCAAUGUGGCCGUGUGCCACGGUUUGUUUGAUCCUCAGAUUGCUGUGUGCAGUCCUGCUGCGCUACCACUGUUUGCGGACAACUUUGACUUUCUGUCGCGUGAUGAUUUCUCACGCGGGGUGUUGCUUAAUGAAGACAUUCUAAACAGUCGGAUUUAUGUGGCGAAGCUAGGGAGGGAAGAGUACGCGAUGCGGGUUAACUAUUGGCAGAGCUAUCAUCUGGUUAGCUUGGAUGUGAUAAAUCGGUGGCUGUACCCGAUGGUGCCCGAUAUGGUGAUUGGUGAGUUCCGGCAGCAGUACAAGCACUUCCGUAACAACAUCUACCGCCAUUGGAACGUUCGUUUGAGCAGAUCGUGUGAGCUCGAUGGUGAUCUUGUCUUGGGCAAGGAGAGUGAAAUCUCUGAUGGUGCGUAUCUUCAGCGAUCGGUUGUUGGUCGUGGUUGUCGAAUCGGGCAAAACUGUCGGAUUGUGAAUAGUUUCCUGAUGGAUGGAGCUAUUGUAGAGGAUGAUGCAGAGCUAAGCCACUGUGUGCUGGGUCAGGACGUAAAGGUGGGUAACGGGUGUAUCAUCAGUCCGGGUACGGUGCUGGGCGAAGGUGUGCAGAUACCGGAUCAGAUGGUUGUACCUAGAUCGCUUCUGCUACAAGCGAAUGAACCACCAGCGGGUGACUGGAGCGCUCCUGCACAGAAGAUAGCUGAUCGAGUUUAUACGCUCCCGGUGACUCAAGAAGACUACAGUAAAUCAGACGAAGAGAACGAUGGACUGGGACAGCCAGCAUUGACCCAACCGAUCGCGAUUGCUCCACUUCCUUUACGCUACUCAGCUUCCUUGUAUGAAACAUCUGAUGAAGAAAGCGAAGGCAGCUCAGUAUCUCCAGCAACCGACGAUGAAAAUAUUUUCCUUUCCGAGGUAAUAGAAUCGCUCGAACGUGGCCUCGCAAACCGUACCAAUCAAGAGUAUCUGAUAUUGGAAAUAAAUUCAUCCCGGUACGCCUACAAUAUGGCGCUGCAUGAAGUAAACUAUUGCGUGGUUAAGGCUAUACUACAGAUCAUGUUACAGCAGGAUGGAGUCGGUAAGAACAUAGUUGAUACGCUACGCCAGAUACUCACUUACUUCGGUACAGUCUUUCGGCACUACAUACGCGAUCGAGACGCCAGGUUGAAAUGCCUGAAGGCUUUCGAGGACAUGUGCCUGGCGAGUGAGACGCUACGACCGAGAAUCGUUCCACUGGUGCACUAUCUGCACGAGGAGGACAUGAUCGAUGAGGAGGUUAUUAUUGAGUGGUACGAAAGUUUGGAGGAUAGUGCGUUCAAAUCGUUGCUUUCGAAGUUGGUACAGUGGCUGCAAGAGUCUAGUGAGGAGGAUGAAGAGGAGAACGAUGAGGAUUAACUUCCGGAUUACUGUUGGUCUCGGGGAAGAAAGGACGAAUUUUCCAACCGGAAGUUAAUUUUUUAGAAAAUAUCUGCGGGAGAAAAGUGUAUACAGUCGCGGCUCAAGGUCUUUGGAGGCCCGAGCGGAAGGGCAGUUACAAGACUUCCCUAACCAACAAGGGCCCCAAGCGGCCGCUCCUUCUGCUCCUAGGUUGAUCCUAGGAUCAACUUGAUCGUCCCCCCUUGCAAUUUUAGUUAGACUAUUACGAUGCUAAUUAGUACAAAUUGAG